AUGAGUUACAUAGCUUGGGUACAGCGGAUGACUCUCAUCAUUGUGUGGCGUAUUAUUUUUUCUAGUGCUCAAUCAGGAUUUCUCAGCAUUGAUUGUGGUGCAAAAACUAAUCACAUAGAUGAAAGAAAUAUAAAAUGGGUGACAGAUGAUAAUUACAUAGACUUGGGUCAGAAGGUGGUCAUAGAAGACUCUAGUUUGCCAGCUUACCAGCAAAGCUUGCGAGUCUUCCCGCACCCUCUCAACAAGUCUUGUUAUCAAUUGCCCAUCACCCCGAACGUCCCCUACCUUUUCAGAAUAAGGUUUUAUAAAGGCAAUUACAGCGGAGUCCCAGAAUUACCAAUCUUUAAGUACUCGAUUGAGACGACGGAUAUGUUGUCUGUGGCAAACAUAAUAUUUCAAACUCCACAGGAAAACAAAACGGGCGAGAGGAUCUUUAUUACUUCUGCCAAGAUGCUUUAUAUUUGCCUGAUCCGUACGUCAGAGCUUCAUAAUCCUUUUAUCUCUGCCAUGGAAUUGAGAACCCUUCGACAAGGAAUGUAUCAUCAAGUAAAGCCGGGCACAAUGCUACGUAUGGAAGCAAGAUAUGAUGCAGGGGGGAAAUCUAUAAUCAGGUAUCCUCAAGACCAAUUCGAUCGCCUUUGGUUUCCCUUUCCUGUACAAGGACUCCAGGAUAUUACGUUGCAGGAGACAAUCUCAACUAACAACACCCAAAACCUUCCUCCAUCUGCUGUUAUGCAUACUGCACUUGCUGCACCUGCCAACCAGAACACCAUAACUCUCAAUUUCAGCAUAUUAAAAAACCCUUUACUGCUUCUCUAUUUUGCAGAGAUCGAAAUACUUAACGUCUCUGAGUCAAGAAAUUUCCUGGUUCUGGAAAAUAAUGCUUUCACAUUGGCAAACAUUAGUCUGGAAAGAAAUUAUUCUGCCAUAGAAGUUGGGUUCACUUUUGUAGAAAGGCCAUUGUUUACGGUAGCUCUGUACAGUCCAAGCAACUUCAGCACAGGUCCUCUGAUCAACGCUUUUGAGUACUACGGGCUACUUUUCAGCGAACCUCAAACUUCUACAUGGGACGUUGCUGCUCUGGCCGCUGUGAAAGAGCAUUUUGAAAUAAAAGAGUGGGUUGCAGAUCCUUGUUUUGGUCUUCCGUGGGAAGGAAUAAACUGCAGUAACAGUACUACAGCUGUCAGAGUUUUGGCUAUAGAUUUGUCCGGAAAAAAUCUGACAGGAUCGAUACCCACAAGUAUUGCGCAGAUGACUGAACUCAUUAACAUAUCAUUCGCCAAUAACAAUUUGAGUGGAGCCUUCCCAAAUUUUUCGAAUUUAUCGAGGUUGGAGAGACUGCAUCUACAAAAUAACAACUUGAAUGGAGAAAUUCCAGAUUGGCUAUCACAACUCCCAAAUCUUAAAGAGCUAUUCAUAGAGAACAAUAAUUUUAGUGGUGUACUUCCUCAGCAUCUUCUGGAUAAGAGCUCAUUAAAACUUAAAUAUAAUGGCAACGCGUUCCUUUGUAUGAAUAAACAAGAUUGUGUACCCUCCAUGAUUUCAACCCGCUCCAACUCAAAGCCUAAACGGAUAAAAGUGGGGAUUGUUAUGGUACUUAUAGCUAGUGGAAUAGUAGUAAUCGCUUUACUCUUGUUGGUAAAUCUGAUUGUGUAUCGAAAGAUAUUUAGGAAAAAAGCGAUUACCAAUGCAAAUGUUAAAAGCAGAGCUUCAGAAAGGAAAUCGUUAUAUCCUAAUAGCGAAGGUUGGGUUUUUAUUCGUGAUUUCCGUAAGUACCCAUUAAUGUAA